UAAAAUGUCCACUCUCAGUCUUCUCUCUGGUAUGAUCAUCUUCCGUGCCAUUUGAACUAUUCGAGACGGAUAGUGGUAAUGAGAAAAUUUUAUUAAUAUAUUGUCGUAAUGGAACUACUUGUAGCUUUUAUCGAGAAACAUAUUCUCGGAGCGAUUUUGUUGGCAAUAUGGUUAUUAUACUUUUGGGAUCAUUACUUAACUUUGCGUCAAAGAGCAUUGAUGCAGCGGUUGGUUGAUUUGCCAAAAUCAGUUGAAGGAUUAAUGACUAAAGAUGUAUAUGAUAAGGCUCGUUCAUAUGCUUUAGAUAGAAAUAGCUUUGGUAUUGUACAGGGCAUAUAUUCUAAGGUUUUUAAUACAAUUAUCUUGGUAACUUAUGGUUAUUAUCAUGCUUGGCAAUGGAGUAUUGAAAUAGCAAAACUUUGUGGUAUUAAUCAUGAGAAUGAUAUACUGCUAAGCGCAAUAUGUAUGUUUAUUAUAAACGUACUUUCUCAUAUUAUUAAUCUGCCAUUAAUAAUAUAUGAUACUUUUGUCUUGGAGGAAAAACAUGGCUUUAAUAAACAGACAGCUACAUUUUUUAUUAAAGACGAGAUUAAAAAGUUUGCAGUGUCGCAAGUUAUUGCGCUACCUCUUCUAUGUGGUAUGAUUUGGGUCGUGAAAAUUGGUGGCGAUUACUUUUUCUGGUACUUAUGGAUAUUGUUAGUAGUGGUCUCAUUAUUCAUGAUGAUCCUAUAUCCAGAAGUAAUUGCGCCAUUGUUCGACAAAUAUUCACCAUUGCCAGAAGGCGAAUUAAAACAAAAAAUCGAAGAAUUGGCAGCUUCUUUAAAGUUUCCUUUGUACAAGUUAUUUGUAGUUGAAAGUUCUAAACGAUCAUCGCACAGCAACGCCUAUUUGUAUGGUUUUUACAAAUACAAGAGAAUUGUCCUCUUUGAUACGCUUAUUAAGGGUUAUUGCAAAAAAGAUGACAAUGAUGCUAGCAAAGACUGUGGUUGUGAAACGAAAGAAAUAUUGGCGGUACUUGCACACGAAUUAGGUCAUUGGAAACAUAAUCAUACUUUGAAAGGAUUUCUGUUUAGCCAGAUAAUUUUUGUGGCCAGUUUUGUAAUAUUUGCAAAACUCUUGCGAUAUGAACCAAUGUAUAGUGCUUUUGGUUUUGUGGACUCUCAACCCAUCUUUAUUGGCCUGAUUAUAGUAACAAUGUAUAUUUUAAUACCAUUGUAUGCAAUUUUUAGUUUUAUUAGUGUGGUAAUCAGUCGAAGAUUUGAGUUUCAAGCAGAUGAGUUUGCCACAAAAUUAGGCCAUGGUGAGUCUUUGAAGGCCGCUCUGCUAAAAUUACAGAAGGACAAUUUGGGAUAUCCCUUGUUUGACAAAUUGUACUCCAGUUGGCAUCACUCACAUCCACCUGUCAUUCAAAGAUUGGAAGCAAUAGAUAAAAACAAAUGAAGAAAUGUUAUUUUAAACGAUUAUCAUAAUUUGUUUUCAGGCGUAAAAGAUAAAGCCUUGAAUUGAUCAAUAUCACAUCAAUUGUUUAAAUUAUGUUACAUAUAAUUUUUUGCCUUUGUGUUAUUCUUUCUUUUUAAAUUAUUCGCUGUUUGUGAAGCGAAUUUAAAAUACAAACUUAAAUAAUGCUUCCUGUAAUGGUUGAUACAUAAUACAAUACAAUUCAAUAUUA